AUGUCAGGUCUCGAUGUUGAAGCCCUGCUUGAGUCUACUGCACAAUCCAGCUCGAAACAGCAGUCCGAUGACGCGCCAAGGCACAGCAACGACACCGACUCUAAAAAACCUCGCAGUGAUCGCCGUGACCGCGACCGUGAUAGAAAUAGAGAUGGCUCUCGUGAUCGUGACAAAGAUCGUAGACGUCGAGAGCGAAGCCGUGAUCGACGUGCGGAAAAAGAUGCCGAUGGAGACGAGGAGAUGAGAAGCCCAAAAAGCGAUCACGCAAGUGCUAACGGGAGCUAUAGAAGUAGAAAGAGAAGCAGAAGCCGCGAGAGUGACAGGCGUCGGGCCCGUCGCGAUCGCUACGGCGAUGAUCAUCGCUCUUCUGGCGGCGAUUUCUACCGAGGUGGCGGGCGCGCUCGCUCCCGGUCUCGAUCUCCAUACGAUGACAGAUAUUAUAGGCCGAGCGGGCGACCUCGCCGUGAUGAUGAUCGCGAUGAUGAUAAACGUCGAACUCGCCGUGAGAAGGAUGCACGCAAGCGUUCCCCUAGCCCUAAACCGAGCAAAACCCCUGAGCCACAGCUCACUGAGGAUGAGCGUGACAAGCGCACCGUUUUUGUACAACAGCUUGCUGCGAGAUUAAGGACAAAAGAGUUGAUUGCAUUUUUUGAAAAGGCCGGGCCAGUCAAAGAUGCUCAAAUUGUGAAGGAUCGUGUUAGUGGGAGAUCUAAAGGUGUUGGUUAUGUGGAGUUUAAGAACGAAGAAUCCGUCCCAGUUGCCAUCCAGCUUACCGGCCAGAAACUUCUAGGAAUUCCUAUUAUAGCGCAAUUCACUGAAGCCGAGAAGAACAAAGCAGCCCGCAAUACGGAGGGGCAUGUGAGCGGCAACCAAAAUUCAAUUCCAUUCCACAGAUUAUAUGUGGGUAAUAUUCAUUUCAGCAUCACUGAGAGCGAUUUGCAGAACGUUUUCGAGCCUUUUGGCGAACUUGAUUUUGUUCAAUUACAGAAAGACGAAAAUGCACGUAGUAGAGGCUAUGGAUUUGUUCAAUUUCGUGACCCUAAUCAAGCCCGUGAGGCUUUGGAAAAAAUGAAUGGGUUUGACCUAGCUGGCAGACCUAUCCGCGUUGGUCUUGGUAAUGAUAAAUUUAGUUCCGACUCGGCUACAAACCUUAUGCGACUUCAAUCACAGAACCAGCAAGGCUCACUAUACAGCCAGGGUAGUCGCAAUGCUCAAACUACUGCUGGAGGAAGUAACUUCGACCGCGCGGGUGGUCGUGAUAAUGACAAAGGCGUUGGAGGCGCCAGUGCUUUGGAUGACACAGAUGUUGCCGGUGUGAACUUCAACAAUUAUAGCAGAGACGCAUUGAUGAGGAAACUUGCGAGAACAGAUGAACCUGCUGCAGAUACCCCCACUGACGACAACCGAAAAGCCCCGAAAGCUCGCCCAGAAGCCAAGCCGCUGCCUGUCAGUGUUAAUAUGGCAAGCAGAUGUGUGCUAUUGCGAAAUAUGUUUGAUCCAACUGAAGAGGAAGGCGAUUCCUGGGUCAAGGAGUUGGAGGAUGACGUUCGCGCUGAGUGUGAAGACAAAUAUGGCCAUGUUGUUCACAUCUCUCUAGACCCUAACACCCAAGGUGAUAUCUAUCUCAAAUUUGAUCGUGUCCAGGGCGGAGAGAAUGCCAUCAAAGGAUUGAAUGGCCGGUUCUUCGGCGGCCGUCAAAUUACAGCACAGCCUGUCGUCGACGCUGUCUAUAGCAGCUUAUUUUCUCGCACCAAAGCCAUUUAG